AUGGCGACCGCGACGCUGCCGGCCGCGCCGAGCUGGGACGAGCUCAAGUCCGCGGCCGCGGGCACGGAGACGGGCAUGAAGAUCGCCGCGGAGGAAGAACUCCGCGCGAAAGGCGAGGGCCCGGCGCACGUCAAAGCGAAGCUGCGUUUGUUCGGCGCGAAAGAGGAGGACGUCCGAUUGACGUUCUAUCGCGACCACGCGGGAUGGUGCCCCUACUGCCAGAAGGUGUGGAUGAUGAUCGAGGAGAAGAAGAUCCCGUGCAGAAUCGAGCGGAUCAACAUGCGAAGCUACGGCGACAAGCCGGACUGGUUCCUGAAGAAGGUCCCGUCAGGGCUGCUCCCCGUCAUCGAGCUCGACGGCGAGAUGAUGACGGAGUCGCUCGUGAUCAUGCAAGUUCUCGAGAGGGAGUUCCCGGACAUCCCGAUGCUUCCGGAGGGCCAGUUUGAACGCGCGAACACGCUCCUGCGCCUGGAGCGUCAGCUCUUCUCGGACUGGUGUGGGCUCGUGUUCCGACCUUCGAUGCCCGGCCCGUUCGGCGGCGGCGGAAGGAAAACGUUCGAGGAGACUUUCGAUAAAGUCGACGCCGCGCUCGGGGAGAUGGACGGUCCGUGGUUCCUGGGCGGCGACACGCCGUCGAUCGUGGACCUUCAGUACGUCUCACACAUCGAGCGGAUGAACGCUUCGUGCUUGUACUGGAAAGGGAUGAACCUCAGAGGACAGGAGAGGUGGGCAAAUAUCGAAAAAUGGUUUCUCGCGUUCGAGGAGAGGCCGUCGUACAAAGCGUGCAAGAGCGAUUACUACACGCACGUGAUGGACAUACCACCGCAGUACGGACCGGGUUAUUCCGACUCCGGUAAGGAGGUCGAGGACGCGCAGAGAGCGAUCGACGGCGACACGACGUGGGUCCUCCCGGUGAACUUGUCCGCGAACGACCUCGAGCCGACGCCGGACUCGAUGAACGCUUCCGACGAAGCCGCGAGGCACGAGGCCGCGUACAUGCUCACGGCGAACGCGAAGGCGAUCACAAAGUUCGCGUGCAGGGGGAAGGGGGAGAAGGGCGCGAAGCAGUUCGGCGCGCCGUUGGCGGAUCCGUACGCGGUGCCAAACUUAAACUACGAGAGCAAAGUCGACGAGCUGUUGCGGGUGACGGCUUCGCUGUUACUGGACGGCACCGCGGAGCCGUCGGGAGGGAAAACGAGCCAGGACGGCGCGGACGUGGCGAAGUGUCUCGCGUAUUUGCGCGACAGAAUCGGUGUGCCUCGGGACAUGUCCUAUCCCGCUGCGAUGCAGCUUCGAGCGCAUCUGAACUACGUGAUGGACGCCGUGUGA